ACUGCAGAUAGCUGCAACGGAUUCAUUUGGGUUGUUUUGCUGGGGGCUCCCUCAACCCAACAAUUCCCAGAGAAAGGACUACAACUUCUACCUUUCCUGCUCACGGGGAGAUCAUGGCAGGGCCCCCAGGCAUCAAAGGGCCAUUUCUUUUGGUUCUCCUGCAGCUUGUCCUUAUUUGCUCCUCUCAAAGCCAAGGACCCGUUGGCCCUCCUGGACCUGCAGGUGUCCCUGGAAUCGAUGGCAUAGACGGUGAAAGGGGAGCAGAUGGCGAGGACGGUUCUCCUGGGCUUGAUGGGGAUGGAGGGAAACCCGGCUCUUCAGGAUUACCGGGAAUUCCUGGAAAUGAUGGUUUGACCGGACCCAUUGGAGAUCCUGGACCUGAUGGUCUCUUCGGACAGAAAGGUGAACCUGGGAAACCUGGACGUCGUGGAGCUGCUGGCGUUGGAUCUGAUGGACCCCCUGGACCUUCGGGGACCGGAGGACUUCUGGGUGAAGUGGGAAAGGCUGGAGAAAUGGGGUCCAUCGGUGUGAGAGGGCCACAGGGACCUCGUGGAUCAACAGGACCCCGAGGUGCAGCUGGAAUGUUAGGCAGUGGAGAUCUGUGUCCGAACUCUUGUCCACCAGGCACCUCUGGGCACCCUGGACUUCCAGGCAUGAAGGGUCACAAAGGUGUGAAAGGUGAAGCAGGAGAACCGGGGAAACAGGGGCAUAAGGGAGAAGAGGGAGACCAGGGAGGUUCAGGAGAGGUCGGAUCCCAAGGGCCAAGGGGACCUCAGGGAAUUCGGGGAGCCAUGGGAAUGAUGGGCCCCAAAGGAGAGAUGGGAGCCCGAGGUCUUGAUGGAGAUCCAGGUCCUCAGGGGGUCUCAGGGGCAAGCGGAGACCAAGGCCAGAGAGGUGUGAUGGGUGAGCCUGGGCCCAUAGGUGAAAUGGGUGUUCAAGGUCUACGCGGGAUCACAGGCCUACCAGGUCCCAAGGGAGAUGCUGGCUUACCAGGUGUAGAUGGUCGUGAAGGUAUUCCUGGGAUGCCAGGUUCAAAGGGAAAUAUUGGGAAGUCGGGCGUUCCUGGAGAGGUUGGACUUCAGGGGCUUCCUGGUUUGCUUGGGGCAUUUGGACCAAAAGGCCAGGGUGGCCCUAAGGGAGAUGUUGGUCUGUCAGGAUUGCCUGGAACGUUGGGAUCUACUGGCAAACCUGGUGAGCGAGGAGAACAGGGAGAGCUGGGACCUAUUGGACCCAUCGGCGAACCUGGAGAUGGAGGGGUGCAAGGCCCUCUAGGUCCAGCUGGCAAGCCAGGUGCAAGGGGACCUAGAGGUGACCCUGGACUUCCUGGUCUGCCAGGUCCUCCUGGCAUGCCUGGGACAAAAGGAGAGAGGGGAGAACUUGGAGAAUCAGGACCUAAAGGAGAGCAAGGAGGACCGGGUGAUGAAGGGGAUGCUGGAGACAAAGGGGACGUUGGUGACCAGGGAGAAUCUGGACCUAAAGGAGAGACUGGUAACCUUGGUGAACCUGGCAGAAAGGGUCCAGAGGGAAGUCGAGGGCAACCUGGCGUUGAGGGGCCUGCCGGCUCGCCUGGACCACGAGGCAUGCAAGGGAACAGGGGCUCGCGUGGAGUCAGAGGGUCCCAGGGUCCUGCGGGUAAGGAGCCAAGUAAUCAGCACAUCAAGCAAGUUUGCAUGCGAGUCAUGCAAGAGCAACUGGCUCAGUUAGCUGCUAGUUUAAGGAGGCCAGAGUCUGGAGCUGCUGGUUUACCUGGAAAACCUGGCCCUCCUGGGGCUCCCGGGGCCCAAGGAGACAACGGCUUCCCUGGGCAGGCUGGGAGAAGAGGCCUCCCAGGACUCAAAGGGCCACCAGGACAAUUGGGACUCAAAGGACCCAAAGGUGAAUUGGGAGACAGAGGGUCCAGAGGGUUCACUGUACGAGGACCCAAAGGUCAGCCAGGACCUCCUGGACUUCCUGGGGAGUCAGGCAAACCUGGGUAUGGCCAAGAUGGUCGUGAUGGGCAAAGAGGAACCCCUGGUGUUCCCGGACAGCACGGCGUGCCUGGGCCUCCUGGUUCAGCAGGUCCAAACGGUUACUGUGACCCGUCAGCUUGUAACCUCCAGGCUGGGGCUGUGCAGCAGUCUCUGGACGUGAAGGGCCCAGCAGGGAACUAAGAGACACUCUGGCAGAGACAGAAAGACUGUUGGAUGAUCUCCCCUGAUUACAUGACAUUUAUCAAAGUUUCCUCCAGUGGGCUACAGUUGCUGUGGUGUUUCUGACACAUGAACCUCCUCAUGAGCCAACAACAUUUCCAUCAGAGGGAACCAACAUCUUUGAGUUGUAAAAAUGUGCAAAACUUUGUGUUUCAUGUGCCUCCAAGCUCGUUCCAGUGUAUUUUUCAUCCCGACAGCCGUUUGGAUAUAUCCAGGAAUGUGCUCACAUUUCUAUAAUAUGAAGCAACCAGAACUGUUUUUUUUUUUUUUAAAUCCACUCCUUUUAUACGUCUGCUUGAAUUCUAUUUCUAUGUUCUCCAUUCUGUUGUUUUCUUAAAAUAAAAGCUCCUCAUCUUCCACACAUAACAGCUCAAAUAAUCAUCAAAAUCAAAACAGGGUCAGGGUUUUGUUUGGAUAACACUCCCUUUUCACUUAUUAUGCCUUUUAUUUGAUAUGUGCAACGAUAAACCUGCUGAAACCUAAAUAAUUUAACUGAAAUUCUUACAUGUCUUACUGCCUUGUCAGCCCUGCGGUUGUAAUUAAAAAGGCUCUGCAGUGCUGAGAGGAUGAAAAUGUCAUCAAGUCAUACUGACUUCAGUGUUAUGUUGUAAAUCUGUAAAAAAUGUUUGAAAUGCAGUUAAUAAUAAUUUCCUACAAAAAUCACCUGAUGUGAGAUCUUGCAUCAUUGUGCAGAAUGACAACAUGCAACUGUGCAAAGAUGGAAAUACAUUUUAGGGGAAAGAAAACCCCUCAAAUAAACAACAUAACACAGGGAGCAUUUCUUUCUUUCUGUUUACUGAUGUUUGUGAUGGUGAAGUCAUUUUGUGACAUUUAUGAACACAAAUAAAAUCAACUGAAAAUAUUCCUUAAAAUUUCCAUCUAAAAUAAGCUACAUUUUCCAUUUUCCCAGUUGAAAAGAGCCACACAGUUUGGUGACUGCUCUGCAGAUUUCAAUCCCAUCGCCUUGGUGGAGUU